AUUGAUUUGAAAUGACGACAGAACCAGAGAGCCAAUCAGAGCAGCAGGGGGCCAGCGCGGCUCCGCCCCAUUCAGCCCCGCCCCUCGACAACCAGCUGCCACCUGCCGCCGCCCACAGCACACCUGUGAGGAAAGAGCAGGGCGGUGGAUUCCCGCAGGGGAGAGCCGAUCAUCAGUCCGAGGACGACGGUGCGUCUCACUGGUCCUCCUCCAGUAAACUGACCCGGUCUCCAGUGAAGAUCAGCAGGAAGCCCAAGAACAUGCAGUGUAAGGUGACUCUUCUGGACGGCUCUGACUACACCUGCGUGGUGGAGAAGCGUGAUAAAGGUCAGGUUCUGUUCGACAAGGUCUGCGAACAUCUCAAUCUUCUGGAGAGAGAUUACUUUGGCGUCACGUUCCGGGAUGUGGAGAACCAGAAGAACUGGCUGGAUCCUGCCAAAGACAUGAAGAAGCAGAUCAGAGGCGUCGCCUGGAAUUUCUCGUUCAACGUGAAGUUUUAUCCUCCGGAGCCGGCGCUGCUUUCUGAAGACAUCACCAGAUAUCUCCUGUGUCUUCAGCUGAGGAAAGAUAUUCUGAUUGGUCGACUGUCCUGUCCAUCAGACAUCCUGGCUCUGUUGGGUUCAUACACAGUUCAGUCAACACUUGGCGAUUAUGAUCCAAAUCUCCACCAGAACAACUAUGUCAGUGAAAUUGUUCUUGCACCCAAUCAGAGUGAAGAGCUGGAGAAGAGAAUAAUGGAGCUGCAUUCUACAUACAGAUUCAUGAGUCCUGCCCAGGCAGACAUGCUUUUCCUUGAGAAUGCCAUGGGGCUUCCGAUGUAUGGAGAAGACCUGCAUCCUGCCAAAGAUGUCAAUGGUGCAGACGUGCUGCUCGGUGUUUGCUCUGAAGGACUUAUGGUAUAUGAGGACGAGAUUAAAACAAACAUUUUCCUCUGGCCCAGAGUUCUUAAAAUCUCCCACAAACGCAGCACCUUUCUCCUGAAGAUGCGUCCUUCUGAGGAGGACGAGAUUGAAGGUACCAUCAGUUUCAGUUUGACCAGCUACCGAGCCUGCAAACAACUGUGGAAAUGCUGUGUGGAACAUCAUAGUUUCUUCAGAAAUAGACUUCAAGACGCGAAAACAAAAAGGCUCCUGACUUUGGGUUCGAGGUUCCGUUACCAUGGACGCACUCAGUCUGAGUGUCUGGAAGCCAGCAACAACAUCACCCGAGCUCCUCCACGAUUCACACACUUUAUCAACGAGAGAAAAGGCAUCUAUCCGUCUAUCUGA